AAGAUCCCGCCCGAACACUAACGACAUGAAACGCGAGUGGUUCAUUAUUAAUGUAAACCACGCCCUCGGGCGUUACGUCACAUGGGCGCUGGAACUCCAGUAGUGAUGAUGUUGUGGUUAUCCAUGCCGCCGUUACCUCUCUUGAGUGUUGUGUGGUAAGGAAGAGCUUCUGGUAGAGCUCUCCACGCAUGGAGUUGUGCUCGGACCGUGCGGUGGCAACGCUGGAUAUGUCGCAGAACAAAAGCAAAGACGAGGAGCCUUUUAACAGUGACGGGGAGUACGAGAGCUUGCCACCUCAUGUCUCCGUGAUGACCCACAUGACAGCGGGAGCAGUGGCUGGUAUACUGGAGCACACAGUGAUGUACCCCGUGGACUCUGUCAAGACAAGGAUGCAGAGCCUACAACCAGACCCAAAUGCACAGUACAAGAGUGUGUACGAGGCUCUGAAAAGGAUCAUCCGGACUGAGGGGAUCUUCAGGCCGCUGAGAGGUCUCAACAUCACUAUGAUUGGAGCGGGGCCCGCCCAUGCACUCUACUUUGCCUGCUACGAACGAGUGAAACGCUCACUGAGCGACGUCAUUCAGAGUGGCGGCAACAGCCAUUUAGCCAAUGGUGUAGCAGGUAGUGUCGCAACUGUUCUCCAUGAUGCAGUCAUGAAUCCAGCUGAAGUGAUAAAGCAGAGGAUGCAAAUGUACAACUCUCCGUAUCGAGGACUUUGGGACUGCAUCCGAACUAUAACGUAUAAUGAAGGCGUUGGAGCCUUCUACCGCAGCUACAGCACACAAUUGACCAUGAACAUCCCCUUCCAGGCUGUUCACUUUAUCACCUACGAGCUGAUGCAGGAGCAGUUAAACCCUCACAGACAUUACCACCCCGGUAGCCACAUAUUGUCAGGCGCAGCGGCAGGAGCCGUUUCCGCAGCAGUAACUACUCCGCUCGAUGUCUGCAAAACACUGCUCAACACACAAGAGAACGUAGCGCUCAGCUCCAUGAACGUCAGCGGCCACUUGACAGGUAUGGCGAACGCUUUCAGGACGGUGUACCAGCUCGGUGGUCUGUCAGCCUUCUUCAAAGGGGUCCAAGCUCGGGUUAUAUACCAGAUGCCCUCCACCGCCAUCGCCUGGUCGGUGUAUGAGUUCUUUAAGUACUUCCUGACAAAGCAGCAGCUGCCUCAGGAGCAUGAGGCGGGACCUCGCCCUCUCUAACAGAAAGUGCAUUUGAGCAGCACACAGGUGGGCUGAUGACAGAAAACUCCGACAUGAAGGUGCAUUUUCCCACAUGCUGCUGACGAAGUAAUAUGACUCAUUUUUUUCACAAGGAAGAAUGGUGGGGGUGUGGCAGAGAGACACUCCUUACAGUGUGUUAUUUUUGAGUUAGUAAUGUUGCACAACCAUGAUAUGCAACAAAGAUUACUAUAUAUAUCUACAGUUAAGCCCAUAAUUAUUCAUACCCCUGCCAAAUUUUGACUUAAAGUUACUUUUGUUCAACAAGCAAGUUCUUUUUUGAGCAGAAAUGACACAGGUGUCUCCCCAAAGAUAAUAAGAC